AUGGAUCGUGUGGAUUGGAUAAGUGAGUUGCCUCAAGAGCUGCUUUUGAGAAUUCUGUCUUUACUGCCAGCGCAAGAUGUUGUGGCCACAAUGGUUUUAUCAAAGCGAUGGCAGUCUCUUUGGACCUUUGUGCCAAGACUCGUAUACGAUGAUAGCUAUCAUCACAUUUAUCGUCAUCCAAGAUUUUCCCGCUUUGUAGACAGAUGUUUGCUUUUGCACGAGGCUCCAGUUAUAGAAAACUUGCAUUUCAAACUUGGUCAAAAGUCUUUUGAUGUGGACAUUGGGGUAUGGGCUAGAACUCUAGUUAAACGCUGCGUGCGUGAGCUGGUUAUCGAAAUUGACUGUUCAUCUAGUGCAUCUAAACCCAUUCUUCCAAGGAGUUUGUACACAGUGAGCAGAAUGCUUGUGACACUGAAACUAGAAAAAGUGAUUCUUGUUGAUUUUUCUUCCUCAGUUUCUUUCCCUUCUCUCAAAACUUUGAGCCUUGUAUCUGUGAUGUACCCUGGUGAUGAAUUUGUCAACAGCCUUUUAUCCAAUUGUCCUGUGCUUGAAGACUUGAAUGUGGAACGAUGCGUCAAUGAAAAUGUGACUAUUUUCACCAUUAGAGUACCUUCUCUAAAGAAAUUGGUCUUGUAUACAACUACAACAUUAAAGGUCUUGUAUACAUUAUUAAACAGUGAUACAGAUAAGGGGUUUGUGAUAGAUGCUCCUUCUUUGGAAUACUUGGACAUUUAUGAUCGUGUGGAUGGGUUUAUUGUCAUUGAGAGUGGAAUGCCUAAUAUUGUUGAGGCAGAUCUUCGAGUUGAUUAUUGGUGUGUUGGCAAGAUUCUUGGUUAUAUAACUUCAGUCGAGUGUGUCGAUUUAUGUUGGUCAAGCUUAAAGGAUGUAUAUCCUGUUGGUAUUGUCUUCCACCGUCUUGUAGAUUUAAGUCUAUGCACAUUAGAGACACAUUGGUUGAACCUACUUAUGUGUCUGCUCAGAGAUUCCCCUAAUCUACGAGCUCUUCAACUUUAUAAGCUCGGCCAUUAUCCUGAUCGACCAAGCCCCAGCUGGAAGAAGCCGAGUUCAGUCCCGGAAUGUUUGUUAUCGAGUUUGGAAACUAUCGAAUGGGAAGACUAUCAAGGAACAGAAGAAGAGAAAGAACUGAUGGGAUUUAUCUUAAGAAGCGGAAGCUGUUUGAAGAAGGUGACUAUCUCCUCUAUACCCACUGACUCCGACAAGAAACUUGAGAUGAUCAAGGAAUUGACAUUGUCGAUCAGGCUUUCACCUACUUGUCAGAUUGAAUUCUCCUGA